AGGGCCAAUGUGAGCCCAGCCCACUUUCGUCUGAUCCUUGCGACCAGGUGAGAGCCGCCGAGUUUUUCGGCCAUGGGCAGGGGCCAGAGGCAGACACUGAAUUACGCGAGGCUACAGCUGGCAGAUUCAGACGUUCCAGCACUGGGUCUGAAGCAAGCAGCCACUCAUUAUGGGGAAGUUGAUGUUUCACAGAACCGCCUUUCUGCAAAGGGGAUCGAAGAGGUGGUCAAUUAUUGCAUCCGCUGUUCAGAUUUGCGCGUUCUAAAGGCAUACAAGAAUGAGAUCGGGGAUGCGGGCGCUCGUCACAUUGCCCGGCUGAUACGCAGGUGUCGGUACAUCGAGGAGGUCCACCUGUCACACAACCAGCUGACUGAAGAGGGGGUCCGCGUCAUCAUCGAGGCGGCCUGCCCCCGACCGCAGCAGGCGAGCCCUUUGUGGCUGCGCUUGGAGCGCAACUGGGUGGCGGAGCCCGCGUCUUUGUUGCAGGAGCUGGUGGACCAUUCCAGCGUCUGCGGAAGGACGGAUGAGCGGCGCUGUACCAACCGGCACUGCGCCUGGAAGCGUCAGGUCCACGUGCCCUUCCUGCACAUGCAGCGGGAGGUGGUGAAGGAAGAAAAUAGGCAGAGCAAGAUCGUGCAGACUUUGUUCCGAGAGUAUGAGAAGACAUGUGCGGAGCCGGGUCUGAAGGAAGAGGUGGAGUCCAAGAAGGCUUCAACGCGGACGGGAGACUGGCAGGCGGAAACGGAGCCGGCCAGAGAUCCCAAGACCCAAGCGAAGGACCGUUUGAAAAAGGAGUCCCAGAAGGCGCAGCUGCUGACGGACACCCGCAAAGAGGCGAAGGAGUCUGAGAAGAAAGCCAAGGCCAACGCCGAUUUGCAACCUGCCAAAGCUGUUUGGGAGGUCCGCCUGCGCACAGCCGACGUCCGUCCGGAAGCCGCCCAGGAAGCCGCCCAGGACGGCUUGAGCGGCCCGGAUGAAGCUCAAAGCUUGGGUUCUGCUCCAAGCCUUGAGCUGGAAUUCCUGCUGGCACACAGCUGGAGGCUGAAGACCAUGCUGAACGCCAAGCAGCAGAUGACCGGGUCGGAAGAUGUCGCUUGGCUGGAGGCGUGCGUCCGGCAGCUGCAUGCCAUUAUGGAGGAUCUGGAGCCCGAGCGGCAGUGGAAAACUGAGCCUUUCGGGUCCAUGAAGACUGGCUUUUGUCUGCGCGGCUGCGACUUGGACAUUGCAGUUCUAAGUGGAGUGCCCGAAACGGCGAUCAACGACAAAGACAUACUCGCGAAGUUGAGCAGCAUCCUUGCACAGAAGCCGGAAUUCAAGGUCAAGCAGGUCGUUCCGUGGGCCAGAGUUCCAAUACUGAAGCUGGAGUAUCGCGGGCGGGAUGUUGACAUUUCAGUGAAUAACUUCAAAGCUGUGGCCAAUUCCAAGCUGUUAGCUGCCUAUGCCCGCCUUGACCCCUUGAUUCCGGAGUUUGGGACCGCUGUGAAGCUGUGGGCCAAAGCCAGUCAGCUCUGCGGCGCGUCCGAAGGGAACCUCUCUUCAUACGCCUUCAUCCUCAUGGCGGUCUACUUUCUGCAAGUUGCAAGUGGGGACGAGUUGCCCUGCCUCCAGGACGAGCUGCCUUCCGGCUGGGACGGGGACGACCAAGCCCUGGACACCUUGGCCAGGGAGCAGUGCAAGAACUGGCGGUCCUCAUCAAGCCUUUGGAUGUACCUGGCCGGGUUCUUCGCCUUCUACUCCAACGCGCGGGGGCCCUUGGCGCUGGAGGGCUACGAGCCUUUCCGCUGGGGCGAGGAGGUGGUCUCCGUCCGCUUGGGCCGGCGGUCGCGUCGACUCACCGUGGAGUCGGAAGAGUUCCAGGAACUCGGCCGCCGGCAGAAGGGAUUUCUCCACAUCGAGGACCCGGUGGAGCUGAGCCGCAACCUGCGGGACGCCCUGUGGCCGGGCCACGAGGAGCUGCUGAGGCACCAGCUGCAGCAGACCCACGGCAUCUUCGUCCUCCAGGCAAAGUCGAUGCUGCCUGGAGCGCCGAUGGAGGUGUAAAGUCAGCGGUGCAGUACAGUAGUUAUUUUUCAUCCACCCAGGGGCGGGGCCUCCAAGAAACAUGCAAAGAGAGGGUUCUCAAAGCAGCAGAAGAAAAGGGGGUCCUCAAUCCGCCACCUUUUUUAGGUUUCAGGCAGGCGGCGCUAGCGUUGAGUUGGAGCGCAAAUGCGCUGAAGCGAAAUUCGAGAAUGCACUGGUAGCAUGGAGCUGUGCGAGAGAUUGUGUACAGAGUGGGCCUCGUGACAUAUCUGUUCGGCAUGGGCAUCGUGCGGGCGCGUGUCAAUUCUGUCACGCUCCCCAGUGCAAUUUUUCUUCUGCCGUUUGUCGGGCCCGGGUUUCUUCAGGACAGAUCAGGCACGUUGCCUUCUCACUCAUGCGGCCUUCUGACAGCUGAAGACUUUCAAAAUGUCGGCCGGGCUUGGGGAAGGUGUGACGCGCUUGCGUUUGUUACGGCGCAUAGCGUGAUGCAACCCGAGAACUGUGGCUGGCUUCAUAGAAGAUGU